CUGCACCGAGAGGCUUCUCGCUGGGACAGCACUUAACCCGGAACUACGACAGUGCUCAGCUACUUCCACUCCCAGACUGUGUAACUCGCGUGAGGCUACAAAAAACUCCCAGUAAAGAUACCUGAGGCUUGUAAAGCAGUACAACAACACUGAAGACCCCUCUCUUUUUCCCAGCAGAAUUCAGGAGGAAAAAUAACAACAUUUGAAAAUGCCACAGCAGAAGGAUAUUGUGAAGAUUGCCAUUCAGAUGCCAGGGGCAUACCCACAGCUCAUUCAGCUAGACCAGAAAAAGCCCCUUACUGCUGUUAUCAAAGAAGUGUGUGACAAGUGGAAUCUUUCUGGACCUGAGAACUUUGCUCUUCAGUAUGCAGAUGGAGUUCAGACCUACAUUACUGAAUCUAAUCGUGUGGACAUUAAGAAUGGCAGCAUUCUCAGACUGACCAAGGCUCCGGGUCGCUGUGCAGAGGACUUGUAUAAGGGCAUUGAGAGCUCAGACUCAGACAUCCGCUGUGAAUCGCUAAAGCAGCUGGCCGCUGUGUCUACAGAUAUCACUUUUGCUCAGGAGUUUAUCAGCCGAGAUGGACACUCACUACUUGUUCAGAUUGUGGAGGAUGCUCUGGAGGCUCCAAUCGUUAUGAUACACACUCUCACAGCCUUUGUGGAGCUGAUGGAUCAUGGAAUUGUCUCCUGGGAGAACCUCUCCAGUGUCUUUAUCAAAAAGGUAGCCAGCUUUGUGAACGCAAAGGUGCUGGACGCCUCUAUUCAGCAGGUGUCCCUGGACAUCCUGGAGAGCAUGGUCCUGAGCAGCAGUGGCCUGUUCCAAAUGAUCAGAGAGGAAAUUACUCUGGACAGACUCCUCUCCCAUCUUCAGGUCUCCAACCAGCAGCUUCAGACUAAAGCCAUGGCUCUCCUGAUGGCCCUGUUGCAGACUGCUGGAGAUGCAGAUAGGCAGGAACUGUUUUCUUACCUUGAAAAGAAGAACCUCCGCCAGUAUAUCUACAAGAAUAUUAUCCACAGUUCAAGUCUGAUCGGGGAUGAGAUGGCUCAUUACCUGUAUGUGCUACAGUCUGUACGGCUAAACCAUCUGGAAUCUCGCAUGCGGACACCUCUGGACUCCUUUAGUCAGGAGCAGAGGGAGACAUUGCACAGCUUGCGUCAGGCUGUCUUUGAGAAUGAGGGUGAGGGCAGUCUGAGUAAUGAGCGGCGGCGUUCACUGUGUGCCAAAGAGUUCAAAAAGCUGGGCUUUUCGAACAACAGCAACCCGGGUCAGGACCUGAGCAGGACUCCCCCAGGCCUGCUGGCUCUCGACACCAUGGCCUAUUUUGCUUCCCGUUAUCCAGACGCCUACAGCAGGUUUGUGCUGGAGAACAGCAGCAGAGAGGAUAAGCAUGAGUGCCCAUUCGCCCGCAGCAGCAUCCAGCUCACUUUCAUCCUGUGUGAGAUACUGCGCAUCGGAGAACCCCCAUCAGAGACGGGUUUAAACUACCACCCAAUCUUUUUCGCACAGGAUCGGCUACUGGAGGAGCUUUUCUGCAUCUGUAUCCAACUGCUCAAUAAAACCUGGAAGGAGAUGAGAGCCACUCAGGAGGACUUUGAUAAGGUCAUGCAGGUCGUUCGAGAGCAGAUCACCAGGACCCUGUCCAGUAAACCCACCUCGCUAGAGCUCUUUAAAAACAAGGUGAACGCUUUAAACUACAGCGAGAUUCUUAAACUGCGGCAGACAGAGAGACUGCACCAAGAGGAGUCCCUUACCCCACCUGUGCUUGAGCUAAAGGAACGCCUAAAGCCGGAGUUGCUGGAGCUGAUCAGGCAGCAGAGGCUGAACCGACUUUGUCAUGGAACUCUAUUUCGCAAGAUCAGCAGUCGCCGGAGACAGGAUAAACUGUGGUACUGCAGGCUGUCACCUAAUCAUAAAGUCCUUCACUAUGGGGACGUGGAUGAGGAGACAGAGAUGCCCUCUGUGGAAAGUCUACAGGAAAAAAUCCCGGUUACAGAUAUCAAAUCACUGCUGGUUGGAAAAGACUGUCCACACAUGAAAGAAAAUAAAGGAAAGCAAACCAAGCAGGAGAUGCUGGACCUGGCCUUCAGCAUUACAUAUGAUGUUGAGGAAUACAGCUUGAAUUUUAUCGCCUCUUCCAGAACAGAUUUUUGCUUGUGGACAGAUGGGCUGAAUGUUUUGCUGGGCAAAGAGAUGAGCAGUGAGGUAAUGCGCAGUGAGUUGGAGAUCCUUCUCUCUAUGGAGAUUAAGCUCCGCCUCCUCGACCUAGAGAACAUCCCUGUCCCUGACCUGGCCCCACCCAUCCCCAACCCUCCCAGCAACUUCAAUUUCUGCUAUGACUUCAGCCAGGCAGAGCAAUAACUCCAGGCAGUUGUGUUGGUUUCUGCUCCCCUGAAGUGACACCGCAGCCUUAAAGAUCAGGAGAUUUGGAGUACAGAAAAGUGUUUUUUUGGGGCUUUUUGAUCUUUCCCUGCUUUUACAUUCUCUAGUAGUGAAUAUGAGCAAAGUUUUCUUUCAUUUUUAUCCAUAUUAUUAACAUAACAGUACACAAAUUAGCACAAUUGUUUCAUCAUUAAAUAGUUGGCAUUUUGCCUUUUUAAACAGGUCAAUAAACUAUUGGCCCAUAUGGAAAAACAACAAAAGCCUUUCAAACCCAGUUCAUUUGGCAAUGUAUACAUUGUUCUUUGACUGGAACUUAGCAGAAUUACACAGAAUUGGAAUAAGAUUGAAGUGAUUAAAUUGGCAUCCUAACCAAAAUAUUGGAUUUAAUAAUUGUUGGAGUUAAGAAGCUUUUGUAUCAAUAGAUCAUAGUUCAAGUAGCUGGUAAUGUAAUAUAUUAAUUCAUCUUAUAAUUCAUCUUAGACCCGGAUUUCCUAAUAUGAUGACAACCACUAGUUUAAUAUUUAGGAUGAAUUUAAUUGUUAUUGUAAAUGCUGCUUUUAAAGUGCACAAAAUCCUAAUAAUGCGUCACCUCAGCCUGGAUAAUGCAGCUUAAUUAAUCACUUCAGCACCUUUUGACAUUGUUUUUUUCUAACUUUAUCUUUAUAUUUCUAAACAUUCAUUUAAAUUGUAAUCAUUGAGACAAGUAAUAUAAUUAUAUUGGUGUAUGCCAUUUUUUACAUUUUAUGUUGAAAAUAAUAAAAAAAAAUCAUAAAGUAUCUUGCAAAAAAAGAAUUACAUGAAAGCAUUAUUGGUCCUAUUUUGCCAUACAGUUUGUUUGCACAGUGUUUGCACAGACUGGAGUUUGGUAUAACUGAUUUAUAAUGUACUUAAUAUUUUACAAUAUUUAAUAAAGCUUUUUCAAAGAUUGAAUAAUACAGAUUGCCUUGAACAGGUACACGCAUUGGCCUUGUUGUGAUGUGUAGAACACUAACAUCUAUGUUAUUUAUGAUCUAUGAACAUGAAAAUAUUUCUUAAUGUAAAGAAAUAAAGUGGUGUAACUAAUAUAAUCCUGUUUAAUAAUUUUUUGCUGCUUCUGCUACUAGUUUGUUUCUGCAGCUGAUGUAGAGAAUCAUGGUCUGUUAAUGAGUAAGAAUAAAAGGGGGGGGGGGGGGUUAUACCCUGCUCAAAAAACUUGAGGCAACACUUUAUCACCUCAAUAUAAUACAGUCAGUUAAUCUUUAGGGAAGGAUAAGCAAUUUGAAAUCAAGAUCACCUGUUUUCUUCUGUGAGGCAACAGCAGCACAACCCCCAAAAAGAGAACAGUUUAGCAGGUGGUGCCACAACACUUUCUCCUUAGCAUUCUGGACUGAUGCUUUAUUAGCUUUGCAUUUUAGCAUGAUGUGGUACCUGCAGCCCUUUUCCAGCUCCUCCAGGAUGGCACAUACAGAGGACAUGCGGAAGUUUGCUGCAACCCGAUAUCUACCCCUUUACGUGAGGAGGAACAGCAGAAAUGCAGCCAGUGGGCUACUGGUGUGCAUAUAUUCCUGAUAACUCCACGUGGAUGGCAGGAGUGCCCAACAUUCUCAAUUGGUCCUGUACACGACAGAGAUUUGCCAGAAAGUUCAGGACAUGGCAGGUUCACUAUGGGCUCCUCAAUCUUUUCACACAAAGCAUAUGUGACAGACAUGACAUGACAUGAGUUUGGAGAUGCCAGGGAGAAUGUUCGGUACCGAGAUGAAAGCCUCAGGGCCGUUGUCAGACCUUGAGAGGUCAUACACACUACUGAGUAACACUGAGUUGCCAUGAGAAAACUGACGGCUGUGUAAUUUUGUGCUCAACUAAAUACACAACUAAUUAACAAUUUUGUGUUAACUUAAAUCGAUGUGUGAUUAAGGUAUUGACUUAAUUGUUUUGAGCAGUGUAUAUAAAAUACGUUUUCUUGAUGGCAAUGCGUUAUUUGGGCAGUGACAUAGGAGAUCACAUUUGCUUCCAUAAAGAACUAUGUUUCUUAUAGGAAUGUGUAACCCUCAAGAACCUUUCACUUAAAUUAAAGGUUCUCUUUCUUUAUGACAUUGUUCUUAAAGGAACAAGAAGGGAUCAUUUUAUGGCAUAGCUCAAAGAACCAUUUUUUUUAGAGUAUAGUGCAGUGCAAUAAUGCAAUGACAGCUCUGAAAACACAUCUUCAACUGUAAAUGUUGCACAUUAUGCUUUCUACUGUAGCUUCCACUUUCUUGGUUCCUUCCAGGCACUGAUUAAGGAUCACAAUUUUUCAAAUUCAGCAGAUCAUCUGUGGUUUAUUUUCUUUUAAAAUAAAUUUUACAUAAACUUGA